GAUUAUAGUAAAGUGCUGCUGGUCCGGCUGACAGCUCGAUGAUCGCGUUGUGGUGCUUUGGCUGAGGAGCUGCGCGCAGCAUGGGCACCGGGGAUUACAUAUGCGUAACGCUGCGAGGUGGCGCACCCUGGGGAUUCUACCUGCGAGAGGGAGAGGGGGACACCUACAGACCUUUUUUAGUCUCCCAGGUAGAAGAAGGUGGUCGUGCCUUCCAGGCUGGAGUGCGGGAAGGUGACGAGCUGGUGUCAAUCAACGGAGAGCCGUGUGCUGAUCUCACCCUUUUACGAGCCUUUGCCCUCCUCGACGCAUCAAUUGACUGUCUGCAAAUGCUUGUCAAAAGAUACUGCCCCACCCCCUGUGAAGACCAUGAAUCAGAGGAGACGUACUGCGGUGAGAGGGACUCUUCUGGUGAGGCUUUGGAGAGCACCACCCUCCACAUCUUCUCCCCAAGGCACAGGUCCCAAAGCCCAAGAGUACUCCACAUAUCUGAGUCUCAGGAUGAGGCCUACUAUGGUGAGUUGGACAGCAUCACAGAGUUCCCCAAGGGAGCCCAACUGCUUUGCACCCAGCUGCAUGCUCCCUCAUCUGGUGAUCGGAGAGGCCGGAAGCCUGUUUUUAAAGACAAUGAUGAAGAAGUACGGCGGUGCUUCUCCCCUGGGGACAUGGUCGAGCUCCAGGUGUCCCUGUCUGAACAAAACUUGGACGACGUGGGCUGCACCUCUCUUGGGAGUGCCCAAGGGAUCCAGGGAGAGCUUUCAAACAGAGAGGUCAUUGAGACGAUCCACGCCACCAAAACCACCACCUCACACUAUGUGCCGUGCUCUGUCAGAGAACCGCUCGGCCAGCAUGGAGUCGUGCUCAGCUCACCUUCGAUGCUGGGGCAGGUGGAGGUCAUUUUGCAGCAGCCAGCAGCAUCAGGAGCAGGGAGGGGCAUCCUGAGUGUGGGUGGCCCCAAGGUCAGUGGAAGUGUUGGAUCCCAAAGCGAAGGAGAAGAAGGAGGAGGGAACUGCGAGGGAGUUCCUGGGUCUUUUACUGUCUCAUUUGGAUUUCCCUCUGAAGAGGAGACACCAGCAGAAGAGCAGGACUCUGAUUGUGAGGGGGGUCAAGACAAACCCAACAAGCACCGGGCAAGACACGCAAGACUCAGGCGUAGCGAGAGUCUGUCUGAGAAGCAGGUGAAGGAGGCCAAGUCCAAAUGUAAACGUAUUGCUCUCCUUCUUACGGCUGCGCCGCCCAACCCCAACAACAAGGGGGUGUUGAUGUUCAAAAAACAUCGGCAGAGGGCCAAGAAAUACACACUUGUGAGCUACGGCACAGGAGAAGACGAACCAGAGGACAGUGACGAAGACGACGAGGAAAACGACGACGACAAACAAGAAACCCACACUGUUGAAUUUACCCUUGUGGCUCCCAACAAUUCUGAAAUAGACAAGCAUUUCCUUGCUAAUGCCCAUAGUAGCAAAGGUGUGCUAACUUUCAACUGGGACAGGGGUCUCCUUGAGAUUGAAAAGAACCUGAACAACCAAGCAGAGAUGGAAUGUUUACCUGAAACAAAGGGCAAGGGUGCCCUAAUGUUUGCCCAACGGCGUCAAAGGAUGGAUGAGAUUUCUGCUGAACAUGAGGAGCUUAGGCGCCAUGGGAUUCCAGUGGAAGGAGUGCCAGAGGCUGAAAAAAAGAUAGCGGAGCACUCCUACAUGCAGUCCACAACAGAGGGCCAUGCUUACAUGGAUGUAAAUAUACACCAACAAAGCCAACAGCAACAACAGUACCAGCAAUAUCGGGAGCAACAAUACUAUGAACAACAACAGAACUACCAACAACAACAACAACAACAACAAUAUCAACAACAGUAUCAGCAGCAGCAGCAGCAGCAGUAUGAACAACAGCAUUAUCAACAACAGCAACUGUAUCAGCAGCAGCAAGAAUAUCAUCAAGAGCAGCAGCAGAUGCAGCACUAUUCUUCAAACAUCAAUGGCACAGUCCAACAUCAAACCAGUGAAAUGCAGAGUUCUUUCAGCAAUCGUGCUGCAAAGCCUUUCUCAAUAGAAAACAUGGCGGAUACCCCUUAUUCACCUGCAAUGAGUGGGACCAAUCAAGAUUCUGCGGGCCAAGGGGAGCAGAUAGCUUCCCGUGAUGAGCGUAUUUCUACCCCUGCAAUUAAGACUGGCCUUUUGAUGGAUGCAAGGAGAAGAAAUACUGGCAAGCCUAUGUUCACUUUUAAGGAAGCACCAAAAGUAUCACCUAACCCAAUAUUGCUAAACCUCCUCAACAGAAGUGAUAAGAAGUUGGGCAUUGAGUCAGGACCUGAGGAAGACUACCUUAGCCUUGGGGCUGAGGCUUGUAAUUUCCUCCAGUCUCAACGAGUUAAACACAAGACUCCUCCACCAGUGGCUCCAAAGCCUGUGAUCAACCCCAACUCUCCUCCGUGGUCCCCACAGAUAGAAGUGACCAACCAGGACAUGCCUCAACAAGCUGAAAAUAGUGUAGCCACACCUGCUGUAGCCCCCACCACUUUGACUACCCCUGCUCCAGAACUAGAGCCAACCCCUGCACCUGCCCCUGAUCCCUCUGCCCCUCCUGCCCCUCAGGAGACUCCUGCCAGCAACCCCACAGAGGAACAGCACACAUGGACUCUCCCAGAGUCUGAAUCUCGACAACAGGCUAUGCAAGUGACAGCUCAGGAGGAAAGUGGUCAUAUGAAUUCUACCCUGCAGACUGAGCCUGCUCCUGUGACUAGCUGGGCAGCAGCACAAACACAAGCACAACAACAGCCAUCUACCAAUUCUUGGCAUCCAGCUCAAGUACACCCCCAGGAACCACCUCCAAAUCAGACCCAAUCACAGCCACCUUGGGUGACAAGUCAGCCUUCUCAGACCCAAGCACAGCCUCAACCUCCCAGAAAUACUUGGACCCCUCCAAUGCAGACAUCCUGGAGUCAGCCUCAAGAGCAAGCUCAAGCUCAGACACAUGCUCAGCCAUCCUGGUCCCAGCCUCAAGAGCAACCACAGUCUCAGCAACAGGUUCAGCCACCCUGGAUACACUCUCAUGAGCAGCCAAAUCUGCAGCAAAUGCAGCCAACUUGGGGUCAACCUCAACAACCAGUGCAGCAGCCACCACAGGCCCCGUGGGCACAGCCAUCACAAACCGACUCCAAGCAUCAGCCACUAUGGGUGCAACAACCCCAGCAGAAAUCCCAGGCACAACCUCCUUGGACUCAACAGGUUCAGCCAGAAUCCCAGCCACAACCGCCAUGGGUUCAGCAACCACAGCAUCAGUCACCACAACAAGCAUGGCCACAGGCCCAAGCACCAGGUCAGCCUCAACCACCUUGGGUGUCAGCUCAGCCUCAACAGCAAUCUUCAAUUAGUGCAUGGCCUCCGUCACAAACUCAAGCCCAAGUUCAGCCACCUUGGAUCCAAGCAGCUCAAGGACAACCUCCAGUGCAGCCCCAAGCCAAUUUGAAUCCAUGGGCACCAGUACCUGCGCAGGCGCAAUCCCAACCAUCAUGGGCUGAGCAUCCUUCAGAACAUGGUCAGCAACCUAUUAAUUCUUGGGCCCAUGAGCAAAAUCAAGCCCAGCAUCAACCACCUUGGGCUCAACCAGUCCCACCACAGCCUUCACCACAGCCAAAUUGGCAACAGUCCACUUUAAAGACUCAAGCACAACCACCAAUGAAUACAUGGCCUUCAGCUCAGACUCAGCCUCAGACACCUGUGAAUGCCUGGGCACCACAGUCACAGCAAACGCCUGUGAAUGUUUCCACGUCAAUGGUGAACACUCGUCCCUCACCAAAACCUUGGCAUCCACCACAAAAUGACCCACAAAACCGGACCCCUCCACUUCCACCACAGCGAAUGCACUCUUUUACGAUUGGUCAAAGAGCAUCAUCACCCAUAAACCCAAUGGCCACUGUCUUGAACCCAUCAUCCCCAGGUUCAGCUUUUGAGAUGCCAGCCGUCAGAGGAAAAGGAGCUGAUAUGUUCGCCAAGAGGCAGUCUCGUAUGGAGAAGUUUGUUGUGGACUCUGAGACUGUGCAAGCAAACAAGGCAAGCCGGUCAACAUCACCAGUUGCAUCCUUACCAAAUGAGUGGAAAUAUACACCCAACGUACGUGCUCCACCUUCACGGGCAUAUAAUCCUAUUCAAUCUCCCUCUUAUCCCCCAGCAGCAACAAAGCAGGCCCUUCCAAGUAGCUCUUCAGCCAAAGACAAGAACAAAGCCAAAGAGAAACCAAAGCCUGCCCCCAAACCUCUGAAUGUUAUAGAUGUUAUGAAGCAUCAACCCUAUCAACUCAAUUCCUCACUCUUUACCUUUGGCCCAGCAGCCGAGGAUACCAAGCCCCCUACAUCUAAGCCCGAAUGUUCACCUCCUAACCCACCUGUUGAAAACCAACCAAUUAGAUAUGAGCAAAUGGCCCCCAUCCAGCCAGCUGGACCAUUUAAUGCUCCAUACAACCACCAAGCCUAUGGGAUGCCCAUGCAGCCUAUGAUGCAUGAUGGCCACUACCAGCAAAACCCUGCUAAUGUUUAUCCUCCCUCCAAUCCUUAUCAUCAACCUUCCGGUGGUCCAUACCCGCAAGCAUAUAACCAACAGUAUCAGCAACCCGCCCCACUUGCUUAUCAUCUCCAAACUCCUCAGUCUCCAAACCUUCCCUACCAACAGGCACCACAAGCCCCUUACCAACCAGCUAAUAGCCCUCCCUACCUGGCACCUCCCUCAGUACCUUACCAGCCACAGCCUCCCAGUAGCUAUGCUGCUCCUUGUUUUCCUGUACCUGCAAGACCUGAGUCUGUAUCAGGUGGUAAUACUACAGCUGCUCCUAAACCUAAAUUUACAGCUAAAAAGAGCUCAGCUCAGGUGUGGAAGCCUACAGCAGUUGAUAAAGAGUGAUUCUGAUAGAAUCAUGAGACUUGGUGUCUGCUUAAGUCAAAGGUGGUUGGUGCUCUUGCAGUCCUCUGCCAGGGGGACUAUUUUGAGCACAUACACUUGCUUUUGCAAUGACUAUCUUCAUUGAAAGUAUUAGUGUCAUAGGACAGAGCUUGAUGGUUUUCAAAGUUUUGAGGGCUAAUGUGGAUAGCAUCUCCAACACAUUAAGAACAUAAGAAUAAGAACUGUGUCUUACCAGACAAAAAGGAGCCAAAUGCUUCUUUAUAAAGCAUGUACAUUUUAACAUGUUAAUAGAAAAUGAUGCAUAUGCAUACUAAUUACUAAUCAAUGUCAUUUUAUGUAAAAGAUUCUAAAGUGAUGGCUAUAUAAGAAUGUAGGGGAGCAUGAUGCUCGGUAAGAAUUCAAAGAAAGAAGUGCGGAAAAAUAAGAAAUGGAAUGAAAGAAUGAUAUCAGAUAGUGACAAGAGGAAGGUGAUUUUGGAAAGAAGAAAAAACCUAAUGUGUCUUAUCUUAUUUGAUAAAAAAACAAUCAAAACAAAAAACAACUAAAAUGCAAUAAAGUUCAAUAAAAGAAUCAAUUCAAUGAGUAACGUAAAAAUAAAAAGUAGUGAGGGCGAAGGGUGGGGUCUGUGGGGUGAAAUGAUACCAAACAGAAGGCUCAAUUUGUCAGUUUGUCAGUGAUGUCAUAAGUACAGCGAUUAUGUAAUAACUGUGACGUUGCAAGUGAAGGCCGGAGAAUACAGCAGUACUCCUCACUAAAAGUGACAACUAACACUGGUUGCUUGAGUGUUUGAUUAGUAUACAUUUAUUCCUCAGUGUCUUUGCCAUAACACCUGCUUACGUGAGUUAAUUUUAUUUUAACCUUUUUACCAGCUGUUGCAUCAUGUAAGGUACUAUAUUUAAACUGCCUCAUGAGAGGCAGUGCUGAGGUCCAGAUAUAGUAGGCUUAAAUUUCAACUGAAGCCAGUCAAUGCUACUAUAUCUUAGACCCUCGCAGUAUUUUUUCUGAUAACAGAAAAAAAAAACAUUAUUGCCCUCUCACCUAGCUUCACUCUUCUGUGCAUCUUCUCCAGGUUUUGUUUUAUAUGAAUAGAUGAUCAAUUAUAUACAAAAGAAGAAUUAUUGAAAGGACAACCAGCUUGAUAACGUUCACAAAUAUAUUUUUGGUACAGGGCUGCUUUUGUUCUUCAUGUUCUUUUUCCUUUUCCUUUGUGUGUUUCUCUUCAUAGCGCACUUUCUGUAUGAUUCACUGCAGUGCCAUUAAAAUGUCUUUUAUCCUUAUUUGGCUUUCCUUUCUUUUGUCCUUUGAGCAUGCUUUUUGGGUUUCUUCUAUUUCUAGUCUCUUUUCUUUUGAUCUUGCUUAAUUACACCACUUCUCCGCCUGUACUAUAAAUACAAAGUUAUGACAAAGUUACUCUGUAUUUACUCAGACAAACAUUCCAGCUACAAAUUAAUCAGUUACCAUUAAAUUAGACUAACAUCUAAUAUCCUUUUGCAAAAGCAGUGGUUAACGUGACAAUAAAAUUAAAUGAAAUACACUCUACAAAGAGCUUUUUAACAUCAGCCAGAAACACCUCAUUAUCCAAAUCACCUACUUUUACAGCAAUUGAGGUGAAUGCUUGAGUAGCAAAUUCCUGCAGAAUGACAACCUGAUGAUGCAUGUACAAAGGGUAUUAUUAGAUUGGUGAUUUCACUGAGUACAGGCGAUCCCACUGGAUAAAUCUGGAGGUCAAGUGAGCGGCCCUUGCUGAAAUGUUGUUUCACGCAUUUUGAAAGAGGGUGGAGAUUUGUUAAGUGGAAGUUUUAAUAUCAAACGUUGUCGUAAGUUAGCAGAUUUCUGAGGCUAUAUCUGGAGGAAUGAUUCUUCCAAUGAUUCUAAAGCUGAUGAUACACGGGGGAACUUUUUGAUUGCUGGGCAAUCUUGCUAGUGACAAGUCCGGCUAUGUUUUGAACGGAUAGCGGCAGUGCAGGGCAGAGUGGUGGGGGAAGAGACGGUAGUACAGUAGUAAUCUUUAUUUAUUACCAUUGUCGACAGUGUUGCCCUGCACAAUUGCUCUAAAAGUUGCUCUGUGUAUCAUCAGCUUUACUGAAAUGGUUAGACUUGACACCCAAUCCCUCAUUGGUUGAUUACAAAUGCAUCUUUAUCUCAGACAAGUGGUUGUGAUAUUCACAUAUAAAUCAAUUUAAAUAUGUUAUUUAUGCAAGAAAAGGGAAAUAAAAUGGAUAUAAUGACCAAAGAUUUACUCUAGAUUCAGCGCCUGCACAUACUCACAGUGUUAAAUGUAUGCUGAUAUUACUAACUUUGGUUCCUAAUACUGUAUAUUAUCAAUGCUUAAUUAAACAUUCUACUCUCAAAUAUACUUUCUUAUAGAUCUGGGAUUCCACAGAAACUCACCAUAAAUCUACACAAACAAAGCCAUAACACGUCUGUCUCAAAAAGUUUCUGUAUGCACAUCAUCAUGGACACAAACUCUUAAGACCAGCUCAGCCCCAUUUCUGAGAUAUAUGUUAAAUUCUGGAGACUGCCAGCUAGAUAUAGACAAAUAUAAUAGGCAAAUAUAUAGUAAUUUAGGAAAUCACCUUCAGUAAAAUGGAAAUAUGACCUAAGAUUGUCUACUAAUUACUCACACAUUUUUGUGUCUGCCCUAAUCCAGGAUAAUGCUGCCACAGGCAGAUACCUGAGUCGGCAGAUAAUUUAUUCAUCCUUGACUCAUUCAGCUACAUUUGUCUUUUUUUAUGACGGCACUAUCUUCUAUUCUGUUUCAUUUUUGCCACCUCUUGCCAUGCUCUGAGCUUACACCUCUUUCUCCACAUGAUGGCAGCACUGCCUUUUUUCCGCAUGUCUGCCAUGUCUAACAGAGUUUAUUGUUAGAGACAAUGAUGAGUGCAGAGGUGCUUUGUCACCCCACAUAACCCAUGUUUGUCUAAUGGAGAAUGCAGUCUUGAACAUUGGACAAUUUCACCAUCUCAUAGUCAUACUGUCAAAAUGUUGCUGUCUAGCAAAGCAUAUCCAGUGAAAGCAAUCUGAAUGUGGCUCAUUCAAGGAAGUCCAUGCCCUCUCAUAAACCAGUUGUUCUAAAAAAUAAUGGGCAGUCCAAUCUGCUGGCACAAAUGCUAAAUCACUGGGUUGAGGGGGAUUACUGUGUAAUGGACAAUCAAGUAAACAAUAGGUUUUCUUAGAGCUUUAAAAGUAAAUUUAUUUUGCAUCCUAUUUCAUGGUUUGACAUACCCAUAUGUAUAGAAUCAAGAACAGAGAACAAUGUAAACAUAAAAAGCUAAUUUGAUACAGCACUGAAAAUAAAUGUGUUGACAAAGAGCUACUCUCUUUCCAAUGUUUUCCAAGCUGAUUUGAUUUCAGCCAAACAAAAAUGCCCUUACUAAAAUAAACAUGUCUGGAUCUUUCUUUAUAGGCACUUGGCAGGAGCUACUCCCUUUCCCCACCAGCCAGAGUACCAUCCACAGGCCAGAAGUCAGCUUCGGCUUGUUCUUCCCCCAAGCCUUCGGCUCAGGCCUCCACAACUCCCGCAGCAAGGCAGACAUCCUGGCUGCA